AACCCUGGCUGCAACACAGAAAAGUUUGAGGGACCUCACAGUGAUCAGGAAGAGUUCAUAGAAAAUCAUUACAAUUGCAUUUUGUGUCAUUCACACAGAGCUUUGUACCUAUUUUACCAUUCUUUUAUUUGCCUUCAGUUGAAGACUGAAACGUGGGAAAAAUUACCAAACCUACUGAACUCAAUGCCAGGCGCACAGUAUGAAGCAGCGACAUGGAGAAAGUCAUACCAAGACUGGAAAAGUGAGUGCAAGAAGAAGUACUUGCACAAUAAAAAGUAUAAAAAUGCAACUGACAACAACCCUAGACAUAAACCAAAGAAAUUAAAUGAUUUGGAAGAAAUUUGCCUCAAAGAAUUCCAUACGAAAGAGUCCCUUGAAGGAAAUGGGACAAUAGAUCCGGAUAGGGAUAUUGUGGAGGAGACCGAGGAGAACUCAAGCGAGGAGACCACAGAGCAGUAUAACAAUGAACUUCAAAUGCCACUUGAAGACUCUUUUGAGUUGCAUGUGGUAGAUGAUACUGGGGACAGCAACAAUACAUUUGUGGAGGUGUUGACACCCUGCCCAAGCAGCUCAAGCCAGUGGAAAUCUAGUCAAGUACUGCAGGUAUUAUCACCAUCACCUUCGACACCCUGCUCAAGUAAACUGCCCCCCCCCCAAAGGAAAACAGAAUCAGAGAUUAGGAAAGAUGUAAGCAAGCGAGUGAGGAAGGAGAUGGAGUUGAGGGAAGGCAGGCCUGUAGAGGUGGAGCAGCUGGAGACUUUUAUGGAGCGAACAAAAAUGCAAACUAGUGUUCUGGAGUCUAUAGCCACAUCUCUGCAGGCCCUCGUAGGGUCUCAAGAGGAGCUGGUCAAAGCUCAAAAAACUACCAAUAAGUAUUUGAAAGAUCUUCUAGAACAGUAGUAUACUUUGUUUCUACCUUUAUUGUUUGAUUUAACUUCACGUAGUGUAAGGUGGGA